AGGAGUGCGUGUGGGAGCUCUUUAGCAGGGACUGCCUCUCACCCCUGUUUUUUUUUUUUUUUCUUUUUCCUUCCCUGUGAUAGGUUUUGGUUGGGCUCAAGCAUGAGGGGCAAUUGGAUUGUAUUAGCCUUUUGCUCUCUAGGGCAGCUAUAUGCAGAUCAGAGCCUGAAACCUCAGACUGCAGCCGCUCAGCUUGCUACAAACAAUCCCACCCUUACUACAAUUGCUCUAGAGAAACCUUUCUGUAUGUUUGACAGCUCACUACAUCCAAAUAAGUCUUACACUGUCUACUUGUAUGCAAUGAUGGAAUUGGCAAUUGCAAUAAGCUCACUAGUGACUGACAAUAGAAGCAAACCACUUGACAGCACGUUCCAGCAAACAAGUGGGGGACGGCUUGGACCUUACAAGGCUGCCUUGUUCAAUGUACCCAACUGCGCAUCGCCCCCAAACCUUGCUGAUGUAGGAGACAUUAACAAAGUUUCUGAUGUCCUGAAACAAUACCUCUUCAGAGUUGGGAAUGAUGAGACUUGUUUGUAUGAUCCAAACUUCCUAGAUGUCUGUAACCCACCUCUCACUCCAGAUACAACAUACAGAUUUAAAUACAUGUUGGUAGAUAACACUGACUGCAUCAUGAAAGACCAAACUCUCUGGUCUGAUCCAAUCAAAACCAGACGAGUUAAACUUCCCAUGAAAAUUGAUACCGGGCCUGGUCGAAGGAGUGGAGGCAUGAUUGUCAUUACAUCAAUCCUGAGUGUUUUUGUGUUCCUUCUGCUUUCUGGCUUUCUUGCUUCUGUGUCCUCUACUGUCAGGGGAUUAGAAGAUUCUUCUGCAGAGACAAGGCACGUGUCUCAGACUAUUCAACAAAGUGAACUAAGACCACAGGUGAGCUCUGAGUGAACAAACAGCCUGGUUCAAGUCAAGGUUGGAAACGGAACUGAAUCGCUACAUGUGCUAGACCCAAAGGAUCAUCUUGUCUACUCAACGCUGGUUCAAAACAAACUACAGUAUGGGCAACUGGAACCAAAAGGCACAGAUAACAUAUGGAACACUUUUUUGAAGUUUUGCAGUACACGAUAGCCUAAUGAAACUUCAUUUUGUUAAUUGCCUUGUAUGGCACAUAUGAAAUGCCCGGACUAAAGAAAGAAGCUUCAUGAGACCUUUUAAAUUUCACUGGUGUGAUCAGAGGUUGUCUAAUACAUACUGUCAUCUGGCUUAGGCUUUGGUGCAGACCUCUGAUCAGUUCCUCAUGACCAUUCCUCAUAGCCAUUUGUGCCUCAACCUUUCUCUUAGUAACUGACAAGGAGUUAAAGAAAAGCAGGCUGCUUUAGAAAGACGUUCUUUGAGAAAGCCAGGGACUAAAAGGUGGGCAACAGGGAGUUGCAGCUGCAUCAGGAUUUUACUGACUAUUUGCAUCAUAAAACUCCUUUUUUUUCCCUCCCUUCUCCUAAAAGAAACAAAACAAGUUCCAAUUGCUCUGUAGCACAGCAAUUCUGAUCUGAAACACUUAAAUAUACCCUCAAAUAGCUUUGUGGAGAUGAUAGCUAACAAAAGUGCCUCAAAGAAGGCAUGCUCUUUCAGAGCCCUGUAUAAUAAGGGGGAGAUAGUGCUUUAGUGGGGAAAAACAUGAGUAUAUUCACUGCUGUCAGGCUUGGCCACAUUCCUGAUCACUGUGCUAAGCAGCUGCAAACCAGCACUCUUCAUGUCUUGGUAUCUGGGCUGUGGGGUCUUUUUGAGCUAAUUUUCUUCCUUCAUUUCAGGAUCUCAGUUGAUGAUUAGAAAUAAAUCUUUGCCCAACAUA